AUGUGCACACUUGGUAUUGUGCGGUGCGUUGCAGAUGAGGACGAGGAAAUUGAGGAAGAUGAGGAGGACGAGGAGGAGGAGGAGGAGGACAGCGAUGAGGAUGACGAUGAGGAAGAGGAAGACGAGGCGAUGGAAGGCAGUGAGGACGAGGAAGCAGCUGCAGCAGCCAUGGCAGCCGAGAAGUCGUCAAAGGGAAUGGCUGCAGCUGCAGCGGCUGCUGUUGAGAAGAGAGCACGCAUCAAGUCAGGAAAGAAGGGCACUCCAGUGCCAUCCCCAGCAGGGGGGAUAGGGGCAGCAGCAGCAGCAGCAGCACCAGCAGCAGCAGCAUCAAAGCAAGGAACUCCAAUGGCGGCAAGAGCGGAAGGCAAAGAUUCCGCACCGCGGAACGGGAAAGAAGUGACACCAAAGAAAGAGCCUGUGACGGGCAGCAAGCGGGCAUCAGUGAGCAUCGUGACUCCGCCCUCCUCGAAAGGCAAGGGGGAGAAGACUGAGCGGAAGAAGCCUCGCCCUGACACCCCCGCUGCCGUCAAGACUGCAGCCAAGGUGAAGCCGCAGGCAGCUGCAACAGUAACCUCUCCUCAGGCCCAGAAGUCGCCUACUCCUGUUCCGAUCACCUCGCCAUCGACUCCUAAAUCAGGCUCCUUCCCAUGCACAGCAUGUUCCAAGUAA